AGCUAAGGCCCAGGAAAGAGUGCUCCUGAACUUGAAAGUGACCAACUCCACUAGAUGAGCUUUCGGCCUUGAUGUGACCUGACUCAGCUAAAUGAAGCUGGGGAGGGGAGAAAAGACCUGGGGGAGUUGUCGGCUCACUGCUCCUGAGGUAACCAUUAAUCCCUCUCCUGGGGAAAUCCAGGGGCUGGUCCCUAGAGGGACAGAUCCUAGGCAGAAUGGAGGAACACAUGGAGGCAGGCUCCGCACCAGGACUGGGAAACCAGAGGGUCCUAAUUAACAACCUUGCUGACAUCCUGGUCAUUGCUGCUUAUUUCCUGCUGGUCAUUGGUGUCGGCUUGUGGUCCAUGUGCAGAACCAACAGAGGCACCGUUGGCGGCUACUUCCUCGCGGGACGAAGCAUGGUGUGGUGGCCGGUCGGGGCCUCUCUCUUUGCCAGCAACAUCGGCAGUGGCCACUUUGUGGGCCUCGCAGGGACCGGUGCUGCAAGCGGCUUGGCUGUGGCUGGAUUUGAGUGGAAUGCGCUGUUCGUGGUGCUAUUGCUCGGCUGGCUCUUCGCGCCCGUGUACCUGACUGCGGGUGUUAUUACCAUGCCACAGUACCUGCGCAAGCGCUUCGGAGGCCAUCGUAUUCGCCUCUACCUUUCAGUGCUCUCGCUUUUUCUGUACAUCUUCACCAAGAUUUCGGUGGACAUGUUCUCCGGGGCAGUAUUCAUUCAACAGGCUCUGGGCUGGAACAUCUAUGCCUCCGUCAUUGCCCUUCUGGGCAUCACCAUGAUCUACACUGUGACAGGAGGGCUGGCAGCACUGAUGUACACGGAUACUCUGCAGACUUUCGUCAUUCUUGGCGGGGCCUUCGUCCUCAUGGGUUACGCCUUCCACGAGGUGGGCGGGUAUUCGGGGCUUUUCGACAAAUACUUGGGGGCAAUGACGUCGCUGACAGUUUCUGAGGAUCCGGCUGUGGGCAACAUCUCGAGUUCCUGCUAUCGACCCCGGCCCGACUCCUACCACCUGCUCCGGGACGCUGUGACAGGGGACUUGCCGUGGCCUGCACUGCUCCUGGGUCUUACCAUCGUCUCAGGCUGGUACUGGUGCAGCGACCAGGUCAUUGUGCAGCGCUGUCUGGCCGGGAAGAACCUGACUCACAUCAAGGCGGGCUGCAUACUGUGCGGCUACUUGAAGCUGAUGCCCAUGUUCCUCAUGGUCAUGCCAGGCAUGAUCAGCCGCAUUCUUUAUCCGGAUGAGGUGGCGUGCGUGGUGCCCGAGGUGUGUAAGCGUGUGUGCGGUACUGAGGUGGGCUGCUCCAACAUUGCCUACCCGCGGCUGGUCGUGAAACUCAUGCCCAAUGGUUUGCGUGGACUCAUGCUGGCGGUCAUGCUGGCUGCGCUCAUGUCCUCACUGGCCUCCAUCUUUAACAGCAGCAGCACGCUUUUCACCAUGGAUAUCUACAUGCGCCUGCGGCCCCACGCAGGGGACCGUGAGCUGCUGCUAGUAGGACGGCUCUGGGUGGUGUUUAUUGUGGCUGUGUCAGUGGCCUGGCUACCCGUGGUGCAGGCAGCGCAGGGAGGGCAGCUCUUUGAUUACAUCCAGGCAGUGUCCAGCUACCUGGCGCCACCUGUGUCUGCUGUCUUUGUGCUGGCGCUCUUUGUGCCCCGUGUCAAUGAGAAGGGUGCCUUCUGGGGACUGAUUGGGGGCCUGUUUAUGGGUCUGGCACGCCUUAUUCCCGAGUUCUCCUUUGGCUCGGGCAGCUGUGUACGACCCUCCACAUGCCCAGCACUCUUCUGCCGUGUGCACUACCUCUACUUUGCCAUUGUGCUCUUCGUCUGCUCUGGCCUCCUCAUCCUUGUAGUAUCACUGUGCACAGCACCUAUCCCACGCAAGCAUCUCCACCGCCUGGUUUUCAGUCUACGGCACAGCAAGGAGCAGCGGGAAGACCUGGAUGCCGAUGAGCUAGAAGGUUCAACUUCACCCCCUGUACAGAAUGGGUGUCCUGAACAUGCAGUGGAGAUGGAGGAGCCCCAGUCCCCAACACCGGGCAUGUUCCGCCGGUGCCUGCUCUGGUUCUGUGGAAUGAGCAGGACUGGGGCAGGUAGUCCCCCAGCGCCUACCCAGGAGGAAGUGGCUGCAGCAGCCAGGCGGCUGGAGGACAUCAGUGAGGACUCGAGUUGGGCCCGUGUGGUCAACUUCAAUGCCCUGCUAAUGAUGGCCGUGGCCACGUUCCUCUGGGGCUUUUAUGCCUGAGGCCAACCGUGUUGGACACCAGGAGCCACUGCCAGGGCAGGGCUCAGCUUCACAAUGAAUGGGAGUGGGGAGCCUGCAGUGGUGAGAAGGGAGUAGGGCAGGGAGAGGGAGGGGGAAGGCCCUGGUUCCCUUUCUCUCCACUGCCAGGGGCCCAGUCUACCUGACUGGCAGUCAUACCCCAUGAGGCCUUGGCCAAACUGCCACAGCAGUUCCCCUAAGCAAAAAUAAAGCUGCUGUUCCCACA